GGUAAAGCGGGAAACAGCAAAAAGAAAAAUUACACAUAAGAAAAUGAAAAAAAAAAAAGAAACUUCACAUUAUUUUGAUUUAAGAAAGAAAAAAUUGUGGAGUAAAAGACAAACGUGAAAACUCAUAAAUCAAUCUCCUCCUACUCGCUCUCCCUCUCACUUCCAGCUUUUCUCCUCUUUCUCUCUCUCUCACUAGUCUCUCUUUUGUAGCUCCCUGCUACAGCUAAUCUCUGCACAUUUCCAUAGAGAGGAAGAUGAGUCUUUCUCCGAGAGAUUUUCUCUCUUUCAUCGUAUCUUCUAUGUAAUGCUCUGAGCCUUCCCUAAUAACCAACGAUAUAGAAGAUUUUUCUUCUCAUUCUUGAGUUUAUCCACAAUGGCCGUUCGUAAGGAGGAAGAAAGCAGAGAAGAACAGAGCACUUCGUUUCUUCUUGAUGCUCUCUACUGCGAAGAAGAGAAAUGGGAAGACGAAGAAGUAGAAGAAGCAGUUGAAGAAAACUCUUCCUUUUCCUCUACUUCUCCAUUAGUCCUUCUGCAGCAAGAUUUGUUCUGGGAAGACGAAGAUCUGGUCACUCUCUUCUGCAAAGAAGAAGAACAGAGACGCAGCUGUCUCGAUGAUGUUUAUCUCGCCACGGAUCGUAAAGAAGCCGUGGCUUGGAUUCUGAGAGUCAACGCUCAUUAUGGUUUCUCUACUUUGACUGCUGUUUUAGCCAUAACGUACCUAGACAACUUCAUCUGUAGCAGCUACAACAGCUUACAGAGAGACAAACCAUGGAUGCUUCAGCUCGUUUCCGUUGCUUGCCUCUCUCUAGCUGCUAAAGUCGAAGAAACCCACGUCCCUCUUCUUCUAGACUUCCAAGUGGAGGAGACAAAGUAUGUGUUCGAGGCAAAGACCAUACAGAGAAUGGAGCUGCUGAUUCUCUCUACACUCCAAUGGAAGAUGCAUCUCAUUACUCCACUUUCGUUUCUAGACCACAUCAUCAGGAGACUGGGUCUUAAAAACAACUCUCACUGGGAUUUCCUCAACAGAUGUCACCGUCUCAUCCUCUCUGUAAUCUCCGAUUCUAGAUUUGUCGGCUACCUCCCAUCAGUUGUUGCCGCAGCUACCAUGAUGCGAAUUAUAGAUCAAGUCGAGCACUUUGACCCUCUUUUACACCGAACCAACCUCCUCGGUGCCCUAAACAUAACCAAGGAAAAGGUGGAAGCUUGCUACAGUCUCAUCCUCCAAUUACCAUUGGGUUUACAGAUCGAAACCCAAUCUCGCCGCAAACGCAAGAAUCGCGACUCGUCGUCGUCGUUGAGCAGCAGCCCAAGCUGCGUGAUCGAUUCAAACUAUUUCAAUAGCGACGAAAGCUCGAAUGAUUCGUGGUCAGCGAGUUCGUCCCCGCUGCAGCAGCAGCAACAAGAGCCUCCGUUGAAGAAGAAGACGACGAAGACGGAGAAACCGAUUCUGCAUCUGUCCUCCUAGCCACUACGUUUUUUUUUUUUUUUUGAUCAAACAUAAAUUUCCAUUUAGACUAGAGUUUACACUCCACCCCUAGCACUACGUUUAAUUUACGUUUUUUUAAAAAAAAACUUGAGAACGAUCCUAGUAGUAUUAAGCUUCCCGUUAUUGCGAAUACGAAAUGUCUCGAAUGCCCUUACUUGCUAUGGCGUGAUACGGCGUGUCUGAAGGGGGCAUUCGUGACAUUUGACUGCAUGGGAUGCGAUGGAAGAGGAUAGUAAUAAUAAAAAGUCUUUUGCGUAAAUUUUGAGGCU